CUAUUCCCAGCACAGUUAUCCGUCACAAACGCUGCCACCAAAUAGAAGUUGGCGGAUCACGAAAAAAUGCCUAUUCUUGCUUCUUUAGUAAGCUCAUGGCUCGGUAUACCCAACUCUGAUAAAGGUUCAAUUCCCCGGGAAAACCAAGAAACUUCACCAGCCCAGCAAAGACCAUCUGCGAAUGUUUCAAUCCCACCAGCAACACCAACUCCACCAACUAUUUCUGCUGCUCCACAAAGAGCAUCGCCAAUAAUAGCAGCACAGCAACCGUCAUGGGACCGUUCAAUUCGACAGUUCGGUCUGCUGCUCACUGGUGCUGGGUUCCUUGCUGCAUCUGUUGCCGUGUCAAGACGUUCAGUGCUACGAAUGCGGCACAAUUCCUUCCCCAAAUUUUACACUUCCAACCGACACCAAGUCAAAUUUGACUCGGGUGACAGAUCUUUACUCGCUGUGCAAGCCCUUGGACUUGCCACGCUCAACGUCAUGAGCUUUGGAGUCAUGCUGGUAGGAGGCAUUUCCUGGGCAUUUGAUCUCUCCUCGAUAGAGGAAUUAAGGCAGCGGACGCAGGCUGUGACCCGCAGGCCUGGGAUGGUGAGCCCUGAAGAUGAAAAAGCGAUGGAGGAGUUGAUAGAGGGACUUAUGGGCAAGAUGGGAAUGGAGAAGCCACAGAAGCCUUUAGACAUUCCCCAAGAGGAUGAGAAAUGAAGUUCUUGUGUCGUCUGCUCGGCCAAGGCGCUCCUCGAUACUACUACAAAGCUGAGCAGAGCUUGGUGUGUAAGAUACGAUGUAUUCAUAUUAUGCGAGAUGGAAUACUCUAAUCACGAAACGACUACUAAAGAACAUUGGUCAUUCAA